GUUUGGCUUUGUGGGUGGUGCCUGAUGUGAAUACUUACUUACAAGUCCACGCACACCCACCCCAUUUAUAACCGCGCACACACCUUGACCAGACCAGACACCCUCUCUUUCAAGCAGAAGCACGCAAAAUGUCACUCGAGGGAAAAGUAGCCGUGGUGACGGGAGCUGCAGCAGGAAUUGGCAAAGCCUUCAGCGAGAUCCUCUUCAGGAAUGGCGCAAAGGUUGUUCUGUUGGACGUGAACGAAAGUGUCGGAAAGGGUGUGAUGGAGGCCCUCAACAAGGAGGCCGGGCAAGAUCGAGCCCUUUUCCUCAGCUGCGAUGUCCAGUCGGAGGAGCAGCUGAAAGCUGCCUUCAAGACGACCGCCGAGACCUUCGGAGGAAUUGACAUCCUGUGCAACAACGCGGGAAUCCUGAACGAGGAAGAUUGGGAGCGAACCGUGGGCAUCAACUUUGUGGGGGUCAUUAAGGGGACUUACGCUGCCCUAGAACACAUGAGCAAGUUGAAUGGCGGUCGAGGAGGUGUCAUUGUCAACACUGCGUCAAUGGCAGGUAUCAAACCACUACCGAGCUGCCCGGUCUACAGUGCCACCAAGAGUGCCGUAAUCGGCUUUGCCAGAGCCCUGGCGAUGGCUUCCACCAUGGCGGGCUACGGCGUUCGCUUUAAUGCCAUUUGUCCGGCUUUGGUGGAAACUGAGCUGCUCGCCACUCUAACACAAAAACUGGGACAAUUCACCGUGCUGGAGCAGCCCACCCGACAACUCCUAGACAGUCAUGGCGUGAUCAAGACGUCCGAUGUGGCAGAGUGCCUUCUGGAGCUGGUGACGGAUGAGAGCAAGAACGGAGAAGCCCUGAUGGUGUCCACCAAUGGCAAGAUGUACGCCACGUUUCCUUCUAUCCCUCCCCUCGAAGUGGAGCGCUCGUAGUGCUCUAUUGUCUAAUUUGACGCGUCUGCUUAUUGAAUGUAUGAUUGUCCUGUACAAUAUUAUCCACAUGUGGCAUUCCAGUUGAAUGGAUGUUAAAUGUGUUUUGAACGCUGUAUUAAAUAUCACUUGCUUCA